AAAAAUCAAACACAGCUCUGUCAACAACAACUUCUACUUUCAGUUUCAUUUUGUUAAAAAAUGUAAAUAAUCAAAAUAUGAUGAAUAUGUUAUAUGAAUUCAUUGACUUUUUAAUAGAAAAUUUUUUGGUUGUUACCUUAGUGUUUAUGGGACUGUUUCUUUGUGUCAAUCGACGUAAUGGACUUUCAUUUAUGAGGACAGAGCAUUGUGACACAAACUACUGUAAUGAUGAAAAUUGUGUUAGGUGUAACAAAUACCAUGACACUGCUAUAAAGGCACUGAAUAAAGUUUCCAGUAUCAAUAACCAAAUUAUCUCUUUUAAAAUACAGAAGGGUCUCGAUUUCGUUUACAGACCUACAGAAACUGGAUUUAAGCAAAAACCAAAUGUAUUCUACUAUGACAAUUUGCAAGCCAGAAAUAUAUGGGAUAAACAGUUUAAAAGGAGAUUGGCAGAUUGUUUAUUGAUAGAAAAGUCUUUCAAAACUAUCAAAACUGAAAUGGAAUUCCUGCUUGAAAACCCAGAUUUAGGGACAUGGAAGAAAAACAGAACACAUAAUGGAUCUUGGGAUGUUUUUCAUUUAAUAAAUCAAGGAUCAACUGUACCAGAAAAUCAGACUCUUUGUCCCCAAACACUGACUGUAAUUAACAGUCUUACAUCUGUAAUGAAGGGAAAUGUGUUUGGUAAUGUGAUGAUUUCAGUGUUAAAGCCAGGAACAGUAAUUACACCACACUAUGGACCAACAAACAUCCGACUGAGAUGUCAUUUAGGUCUCCAGGUGACAUCAGACUGUUUUCUUACUGUAGAUGGACAAAAACUGACAUGGGAAAAUGGCAAAUGUCUUGUUUUUGACGAUUCGUUCCUCCAUUCAGUGAAACACACAGACCAAACCAGUGAUAUAACAUACAAAAAUAAAUGGUCAGAACCAAAUGACAGAGUGGUGUUAAUAGUAGAUUUAUGGCAUCCAGAUCUGUCUGCAGAAGAAAGAGAAACCAUAAAUAUGUGCUUUCAUCCCUAAAUAUUGAAACUGCUUAUAUGAUAACACUCAUAAUAAUCAUAAUGCAACCAAUCUAAGAGGAAAUUCUGCCAGUGUUGCUGCAUUCAAACAUUCAACAAGGGAAAAUAAAAUAAGUUUAAAGAAAUUGUCUUUUACUAGCAUCCUAAGAGUUUACAGUGAUAGAAAGACAGUGCCAAAAGCACACAUAUCUUACCCUAGCAUUAAGGACAUAGCCCCACUGGCUGGAUAAAACAUUUGAUAUAUCAGGUGAUUGUGCAGUGUCAUUCCCUGAUUAUAAACUUUCUUUGUUUUGUUGGAUUUUACUUAAUAUUAACACUAUUAUGGUCAAAUGAUCAUUUCCAGCUUAAAAGUGGAGGGAGACCAGAGGACAGGUGACCCAAAGGGCAUUAUUACAGGCACAGCGGACACUUCGAUAGUCUCAGGGUAGAACCACUGGCCAGCUGGACAGCUUCCUGGCAACAUAAACAUAGCAGGGCUCAAACCCACAGUCAAUAUGAAAGUGAUUCAAACACGGCCUUGAUUAUUCAGAGUUUGAAUGUAUUCAUUGUGCUAGAUCUUUAAAACCUACUUACAUGCAAAAUUUUCCCCAAGAUUUCUAAACGAAAAAGGGGCAUAAUUUUGCCAACAUGUAAGCCAGAAUUUUGAAAGCUGUCAAAUGAGGUCUACUCAUAUUGCAAAAGAUGUCUGUCUAGUUUAAAAACAUUUGGACUAGUAGUUGCUGAGAAACAUACUUACAUGCAAAACUUUCACAAAAUUUCUAUGUUAAAAAGGCGCAUAAUUUUGAAAAAAUAUAAUCCAGAAUUGUGAUUUCUAUAUUUAGCACAGAUAAAUACAUUUGAUUAGGAUUUUCUACAUUUGAAAUUAAUAUCUAAUGAUCAAAUAUUUUAGUGAAAGAUAUGCUUAGUAUAUCUUUAAACUAGAAAUGUGUCCAUAGUACACAAGAUGCCCCCAAAUACUGGUAUAUUAGAAGGCGAGGUCCUGACCCCAGUGGGGCUCGAAUGAACACCUUAAGCACCACAGCUCCCCUUAUUAGCACUUUGUCAAUAGACAAGUAUACUGAAUUAAGGAUUGAAAAAAGAAAAAAAGUUAUCAUAAAUAUAUAUUUCAUCAUUGUAUGAAUAAAAUGUAAUAUUCUCUUGUU